UUUCUCCUGUGGUAAAGCGGCGGUGUAAUCUCCCGAUCCAGCAUCGAACAGACGGCGCCGGGAUUUUCUGUCAUUUCCUCCAGAAGCUUCAGUUUGAAUCCGGUUUUCAGUUUGAGCUGCGGACCCUCGGCUCAUGUCCCGGUUCUGCUCAGGAACCAGCAUGUGCUCCGAACAUUGUUCUGAGCAUUUUAUUCUGAAAUCUUCCCUUCGCGUCUUGUGACCUUCAAACAGAUUUCUGGGAAUGUUCCGGUUCGGUUCAGAAAACAUUCUAACAGAAGGUCCUCUGCAAAACGGUUCCUGGAGGUUCCUGUUGGUUCCUGUUGGUUCCUGGUGUUUCCUGAAGGUUCAUAUUGGUUCUUGAAUGGUCCUGUUAGUCCCUCUUGGUUCCUGAGGCUUCCUCCUGGUCACUGGAGAUCCCGAAAGUCCCUGAAGGUUCCUCUGGGUUCUUGAAGGCUCUAUUGUUUCCUCAAGGCUCCUGUUGGUUUUUAAGGGUUCCGGUUGUUGCCUGAAGGUUCAUUGUGGUUUCUGAAGGGUCCUAUUGGAUCUUGAAGGGCCCUGUUCGUUGAAGGGUCUUAUUGGUUCCUGAAGGGUCCUAUUGGAUCUUGAAGGGUCAUAUUGGUUCCUUUGGUUUCUGAAGGGUCCUAUUGGAUCAUGUAGGGUCCUAUUCGAUCUUGUAGGGUAUCUUGUAUUGGUUCCUGAAGGUUCCUGUUGGUUCUUGAAAGGUGGUUUUGGUUCCGGUGGGUUCCUGUUAGAUCUGUUCUGGUCACAUGAAAAUAACCUUUCAAGAACAUUAUAAUGAUACAUUAAUAAAGUCACAUUGUAGCUUUUUAACCUAAAACAAUGAACACAAAUAUUUUAAAUAUUGAAUCUGUACAAGCUUGAAUAAUGACUUGUUUAAACUUUUAGUUAUGAAAAAUGGUUUUGAGCCCUGAAUAUUUUUCCUAUAAUGAGUAACAAUAUUGUCUCAUUAUCAUUUCAAGAAUUAAACACCUUUAUAAAAAAAUACAUAAAUAUAUUUUCCUCUAGAAACUGCACAAAUUAUAUAUUAUCUGUUGAAAAGAGGUAAAGACAGUUCCACAAAAAGUCAGUAAUUUCAGUUUUUAUAAACUAAACUUAAAGUUUUGGAUACAUUAAUAUAUAUUUACAUUGUAAACAAACAGUAACAAAUUAUUCAGAUAAAAUAAACGUGUUUGUUUAUAAGAUGAGCUGCUUAAUUCAGAUGAAGUUUUGAAGAUGUAUUUAUUUAAUUAAAAUGUGUGUAUAAAGUGAUUUAAAGAACAUAUUUAGUUUUGGUAUCAGAUUUCCUCCAGUGUUAUAUUUGUGUACGAAGUUGAAAGCAGAUUUUAAAGUGAUGGAUUGAAUAUUGUUUGAUAUUUUACCUCAAACCUUUUCUUCAGGUUAUGAUGAUUUAGGUUUUAUCGAUAUCUUGUUUCCUACGAAAAAAAUCCCAACAAAAUAUAGAUGUUAGUAUGUCUCGAUUUUUUUUAACCUUUUUCGUACAUACGAUACAGAAUUAGAUACAUUUUUGUAUUUUUAUUUCUCAUAGUGAUUUAAUUGUUCGUUGGACAAAGUUUAAGUUCAAUACAAGAUAAACACAAUCACUUUAUCUCCAAUGGAAUUUUUACAGUGAAACACUAAAAGUUAAAGUUUCAUAUUUAAUUCCAUUUUCCCUCGAAUUCUCAUUGUUGUUACUUUGAAGCUCACGUUUGUGUUAUAGCACAAGCUGCAGUGUGAAUCAUGGGAAGUGUAGUGGGAUGUGAAACAGACCAGUGACGGACCACAGCUCCCAGCAGCCUUGAGUUGGAUGAAAGGGGAUUUGAACGUUUUGGAGGUAGAUGAGAUCAAAGCCUUUGAUCUUCUCAGAACAGAUCAAAGGGAGAAGACGAUAGGUUUUUAUUUCCCCCCCGGAUGUUUCCAUUGAGUCCCGGGUUCUGAGGGAAGAUGUCUGAUAAGACGGCUCCUCGCUGCCAGCUGAGGCUGGAGUGGAUCUACGGGUACCGGGGUCACCAGUGCCGGAACAACCUGUUCUACACCGCGGGGAAGGAGGUGGUGUACUUCGUGGCCGGGGUCGGGGUCGUCUACAACACCCGAGAACACACCCAGAAGUUCUACCUGGGCCACAACGAUGACAUCAUCAGUCUAGCCAUCCACCCUGAUAAGGUCCAGGUGGCGACGGGUCAGGUGGGUAAGGACCCGUACAUCUGUAUCUGGGACACGUACGCCAUGCAGACCGUGUCCAUCCUGAGGGACGUCCACACACACGGUGUCGCCUGUCUCGCCUUCAACUCUGACGGACAGCGGCUGGCGUCGGUCGGUCUGGACGCUAAGAACACGGUGUGUGUCUGGGACUGGAGGAGAGGACGGGUGCUGGCCACAGCCACCGGCCACUCGGACAGAAUCUUUGACGUGACCUGGGAUCCGUUCCAGUCCAGUCGACUCGUCAGCUGUGGAGUCAAACACAUCAAGUUCUGGAUUCUUUGUGGAAACGCUCUGACUCCCAAACGAGGGAUCUUUGGGAAGACGGGCGACCUGCAGACCAUCCUGUGUGUGUGUGCGGCCAAAGAGGAGCUGACCUACUCUGGAGCCCUGAACGGAGACGUGUACGUGUGGAGAGGGGUCACUCUGAUCCGGACUGUGCAGGCUGCACACGGGGCAGGGAUCUUCAGCAUGCACGCCUGUGAGGAAGGAUUUGCCACCGGCGGCCGGGACGGCUGCAUCCGGCUGUGGGACGUGGACUUCAAACCAAUCACCAAGAUCGACCUGAGGGAGGCGGAGCAAGGCUACAAAGGUCUGUCGAUCCGCAGUGUGUGCUGGAAGGCGGACCGGAUCCUGGCCGGGACUCAGGACAGCGAGAUCUUCGAGGUGAUGGUCCGGGACAGAGACAAACCAGUUCUGCUGAUGCAAGGUCACAGCGAGGGCGAGCUGUGGGCACUGGACCUGCAUCCCAAACAACCAGUGGCUGUCACUGGGAGUGACGACCGCUCGGUCAGGCUGUGGAGUCUUCCUGACCACACUCUGCUCGCUCGCUGCAACAUGGAGGAAUCUGUUCGGAGUGUUUCCUUCAACAACGACGGCUCCCAGCUCGCUCUCGGCAUGAAAGACGGAUCCUUCACCGUGCUGCGUGUCAGGGACAUGACAGAGGUUGUACACAUCAAGGACCGGAAGGAGGUGAUCCAUGAGCUCAAGUUCUCUCCAGAUGGUUCCUUCCUGGCGGUGGGAUCGAACGACGGGCUGGUGGAUAUCUACGCCGUUGGCCAGCGCUACAAGAAGGUGGGUGAGUGUUGCCGCUCCACCUCCUUCAUCACCCACUUGGACUGGUCCGUGGACAGCCGCUUCCUGCAGACCAAUGACGGGGCUGGAGACCGGCUCUUCUACAGGAUGCCAGCAGGUAAGCUGGUUUCUAAAGAGGAGGCGAAGGGGAUCCACUGGAUGACGUGGACGGGCGUGGUGGGACCUGAGGUGAAUGGUAUUUGGCCCAAGUACUCCACCAUCUCUAAUGUGAACUCUGUGGAUGCCAACUACAGCAGUGCUGUGCUGGUGACUGGAGACGACCUCGGCCUCCUCAAACUCUUCAGGUUCCCCUGCCUGAAGAAAGGAGCCAAAUUCAAGAAGUACAUCGGUCACUCUGCACAUGUGACCAAUGUUCGCUGGUCCAAUGACCUGCAGUGGGUGGUCAGCACUGGUGGCGCUGACCACGCAGUCUUCCAGUGGAGGUUCCUGCCUGAAGGCGUCAUGAAUGGUGUUCUGGAGCCGCUUCUACAAGAGGGCUACGCUGACUCCAACAGUGGAGAGUCGGACUCGGACCUGUCGGACGUCCCGGAGCUGGACUCGGACAUCGAACAGGAAGCUCAGACCAGCUACGAACGCCAGGUGUAUAAGGAAGACCUGCCUCAGCUGAGGAAGAAGCUGAUUGGCUCUCUGAAGCGGCAGAAGUCUCCGGAGGAGGGUCUUCGUCUGCAGUUUGUUCAUGGGUAUCGGGGGUUCGACUGUCGUAACAACCUGUUCUACAGUCAGACGGGCGAGGUGGUGUACCACGUGGCCGCUGUCGCCAUCGUGUACAACCGGCUGCAGCACAGUCAGAGGUUCUACCUCGGCCAUGACGACGACAUCCUGGGCCUCACCGUCCACCCGCUCAAAGACUACGUGGCCUCGGCACAGGUGGGCAGAGACCCAGCCGUCCACGUCUGGGACGUCCAGACCCUGAAGUGUUUAUCACUGCUGAAGGGACACCACAGCAGAGGAGUGUGUGCCCUGGAGUUCACAGCCGAUGGGAAGAGUCUGGUUUCAGUCGGAAUCGAUGAGUGUCACUCCAUCGUUAUCUGGGACUGGAAGAAAGGAGAGAGGCUGGCCAAGGCCAGGGGCCACAAGGAGAAGGUCUUCGUGGUGAGGAGCAACCCCUUCAGGAUGGACAAGCUGGUGACUGUGGGGAUCAAACACAUCAAGUUCUGGCAACAUUCAGGGGGCGGUCUGACUUUUAAACGAGGGAUCUUUGGGAACCUGGGGAGACAAGAGACCAUGAUGUCUGCGUGUUAUGGUCGAUCCGAGGACCUGGUUUUCUCCGGAGCCACGAACGGAGACGUUUACAUCUGGAAAGACACGACUCUGAUCAAGACCAUCAAGGCCCACGACGGCCCGGUGUUCGCCAUGUGCUCCCUGGACAAGGGUUUUGUGACGGGGGGGAAGGACGGUAUCGUGGAGCUGUGGGACGACAUGUUUGAGAGAUGUUUGAAGACGUACGCCAUCAAGAGAGCCGCUCUGUCUCCGUCUUCUAAAGGUUUGCUGCUGGAGGACAACCCUUCCAUCAGAGCCAUCACCCUGGGACACGGACACAUCCUGCUGGGAACCAAAAAUGGAGAAAUCCUGGAGAUCGACAAGAGCGGACCCAUGACCCUGCUGGUCCAGGGUCACAUGGAGGGCGAGGUUUGGGGUUUGGCGGCUCACCCUCUACUUCCUGUCUGCGCCACCGUCAGUGACGACAAAACUCUGAGGAUCUGGGAGCUGUCGGCCAAUCACCGCAUGGUGGCUGUCCGCAAGCUGAAGAAAGGGGGGCGCUGCUGUGCCUUCUCCCCCGAUGGGAAGGCUCUGGCGGUGGGUCUGAACGAUGGCAGCUUCCUGGUGGUGAACGCUGACACUCUGGAGGACCUGGUGUCCUUCCACCACCGCAGAGAGCUCAUCUCCGACAUCCGCUUCUCCCAAGAUGCAGGGAAGUACCUGGCUGUGGCGUCCCACGAUUCCUUUGUGGACAUUUACAACGUCCUGACCAGUAAGAGAGUCGGCAUCUGUAAAGGGUCCGGAAGCUUCAUCACCCACAUGGACUGGGACUCCAGAGGUAAACUGCUGCAGGUGAACACCGGAGCUAAAGAGCAGCUGUUCUUCGAGGCUCCACGAGGACGGAAGCAGAACAUCAGUGUUGCGGAGUUUGAGAAGCUGGACUGGGCGAGCUGGACGUCGGUGCUGGGUCCGACCUGUGAGGGAAUAUGGCCGACGCUCAGCUUCGUUAACUCCGCCUCCCUCACCAGAGAUCGCAAGCUGCUCGCCAGCGGAGACGACUUCGGGUUCCUGAAGCUCUUCAGCUUCCCGUCCAGGGGCCAGUUUGCGAAGUUCAAGAAGUACGUGGGUCACAGCACCAACGUGACCAACGUCCGAUGGUCCAAUGACGACUCGGUGCUGCUGUCAGUGGGCGGGGCCGACACGGCUCUGAUGAUCUGGAGCAGAGAGCCACCGGGACACAAGGAGAGUAAAGCUGUGGACAGCGAGGAGUCGGACGACGACCCCGAGGAGGACGGAGGUUACGACAGCGAUGUGGCGCGGGAGAAGGUGGUGGACUACGUCACAAAGAUCUACUCUCCCAACAUCAGGAACAUGUCAGGAACCAAACCUCACCUGCAGCACAAAGAGCUUCCUGUGGAGGAGAGGCCUCCGGUGAGUCGAGCUGCUCCGCUGCCGGACAAGCUGCUGAAGAACAACGUGACCAAGAAGAAGAAGGUGGUGGAGGAGCUGGUGCUGGAGCACGUGUUCGGGUACCGAGGCUUCGACUGUCGCAACAACCUGCACUACCUCAACGACGGCGCUGACAUCAUCUUCCACACGGCCGCCGCCGUGGUGAUCCAGAACCUGUCGGCCGGAACUCAGAGCUUCUACCUGGAACACACCGACGACAUCCUGUGUCUCACCGUCAACCAGCAUCCCAAAUACCAGAACAUCAUCGCCACGGGACAGAUCGGUGACCUCACGGACCUGCCAGAGGCUGAGGUGUCCGGCCUGUCGCCAUCCAUCCACGUGUGGGACGCCAUGACCAAGCAGACGCUGUCCAUCCUCCGCUGCUCCCACGCCAAAGGUGUCGGCUACGUGAACUUCAGUGCUACAGGGAAGCUGCUGCUGUCCGUGGGGGUGGAGCCUGAACACACCAUCACCGUGUGGAGGUGGCAGGAAGGCACCAGGGUGACCAGUAAAGGUGGCCACGCCGAGCGCAUCUUCGUCGUGGAGUUCAGACCCGACUCCGACACCCAGUUUGUGUCGGUGGGAAUCAAACACAUCAAGUUCUGGACCCUGGUUGGAGGUUCGCUUGUUUACAAGAAAGGUGUGAUCGGCUCGGUGGAGGACGGCCGCAUGCAGACCAUGCUGUCGGUGGCGUUCGGUGCAAACAACCUGACCUUCACCGGGGCCAUAAACGGAGACGUGUUCGUGUGGAGGGAGCACUUCCUCGUUCGGGUGGUGGCGAAGGCGCACAGCGGCCCGGUGUUCACCAUGUACACCACCCUGAGGGACGGGCUCAUCGUCACGGGGGGGAAGGAACGACCGACCAAAGAAGGCGGCGCUGUGAAGCUGUGGGACCAGGAGAUGAAGCGCUGCCGAGCCUUCCAGCUGGAGACGGGUCAGCCGGUGGAGAACGUCCGGUCCGUCUGCAGAGGGAAGGGAAAGAUCCUGGUGGGAACUAAAGAUGGAGAGAUCAUAGAGGUCGGAGAGAAGAACGCAGCCUCCAACACGAUGAUCAACGGACACACUCAGGGGGGAAUCUGGGGUUUGGCCACUCAUCCUUUCAAAGACGUCUUCAUCUCGGCCAGUGACGACGGGACCAUCAGGAUAUGGGACCUGGCUGACAAGAAACUUCUGAACAAGGUGAGUUUGGGUCAUCCUGCCAAGUGCACGUCCUACAGCCCCAACGGAGAGAUGGUUUCCAUCGGGAUGGAGAACGGGGAGUUCAUCGUCCUGCUCGUCAACUCCCUCACGGUCUGGGGCAAGAAGAGGGACCGCAGCGUGGCCAUCGAGGACAUAAGGUUCAGUCCAGAUAACCGGUUCUUGGCCGUGGGUUCAGUGGAAAGUGCUGUGGACUUUUACGACCUUUCUCUGGGGCCGUCCCUGAACCGGAUCGGAUACUGUAAAGACAUCCCCGGCUUCGUGAUCCAGAUCGACUUCUCUGCGGACAGCAAACACAUCCAGGUGUCCACCAGCACCUACACCAGGCAGGUGCAUGAAGUUCCCUCAGGGAAGAUGGUAACGGAGCAGUCCACCAUAGAGAGGAUCACCUGGGCGACCUGGACCAGCGUCCUGGGGGACGAGGUCCUCGGGGUCUGGCCUCGUAACGCGGAGAAGGCCGAUGUGACCUGUGCUUGUGUUUCCCACGCCGGCGUCAACCUGGUGACAGGAGACGACUUCGGCCUCAUCAAGCUCUUUGACUUCCCCUGCUCCGAAAAAUUUGGGAAACACAAGCGCUACUUCGGUCACUCUGCUCAUGUGACCAACAUCCGCUUCUCCUGUGACGACAAAUACGUGAUCAGUGCCGGAGGCAGCGACUGCAGUUUAUUUGUGUGGAAAUGUCAGUGAGUGUGGACGUGGUCUUCUCUCGUGAGACUGGAUUCACCUGAGCCUUCACCUGAUCACAGCCGACAGGAAGUGUGAGCUGACCCGGGGGGGGGGGGGGGGACUUCUCCUGUCACGUCUCCUAAAUCCAGAUGUUUUCAUGUGGAGCUCAAACGUUUGUGGUUAGGAGGUGAAGAAGAAGCUCAGUAGGGAGGUGGUAGCUGUUUGAUGUAGCCGUGCUUCUGUUUGUCAGGAUGUGCCUUCUUCACAAAGUCUGACCAAACAUUUGAUAAACUUUAUGAUAACGUUGGUGCUAUGAUCAGAGGUCAUCAGGGCUUUCACAGGUACGGAGGAUGAACAGUGUCCUUGUCUCGUUUGUUUUUGUAACUCGUUCUGUCUGAUGCGGAUGAAGAAGAUGAUGAAGAAGAUGAUGAUGAUGAUGAUGAUGAUGAUGAUGAUGAUGAUGAUGAUGAUGCAGUGAGUAUCACAGUGAAGUAGAAUCAAUUACAUCAAGAUGGAUCUUUGUUUGAUCCCAGUUAUAAAACCGAAGAAACAGAAAACCUUUUUUUUUUAAAUGAAAGAAUUCUACCUCAAACAGAUGAAGUGAAACUGAAUCAUAUUUAAGGCAGAAAAUAUUUAUUAGAAUUAAAUUGUGAGCAGAACAUGAGUGUGGACGACCUUUGCAUCUUUGCCUCUCCACAAGGUGGCGCUAUGUUUUUUCUCUGUAUUUAUCUGCUGUUAAAAU